UAUUUUUCGUCUGCCCAUACCAACUGUUGCCGCCUUACAGUUGAAUCCACUUUCACGAAAAAUCCUAGAUAUCUGUCAACACUUUGAUAUAUAACUGAGCCAAAGGUUGAUAUAUUUUUUUCCGUUGAAUAUGUAUUCCAACAGUUCGUGUGUGUCUUGUGUUAUAUUGAUUUUAACUUGUGCUUGCUGUUUUGUAUUAAGUGAGUUUACGUCGAACCUUCCAUCAGCAACGACUCAGAAGUAUGCUUUGGCCAGCACCAAAUCACGAUAUGAGCAAGGCUUGGAGGACUACGAUGAAGCAAUAGCAAAUUCUAGGCAAUCCAGAGGCAUGAUGAUAGCUGACGAUCACCAUUAUGAAGAAAUGAAGCCCGAAAAGAAAGCUGUUGCUGAAGAUCCAUGGGCUAGUUACUAUGAUUUCAUAAUCAACGAGGGCUCGUUCAAGUUUUGGGCAGUAUUCCAACUGAUCACAGCAGUUUUGCUGAUAUAUUCUGCUUUCGCGGCGGCAUACUAUGCAAAGUUCAACGUCAUCACGACAGACUACGACUACUAUGAUGACUACCUUGGAAGGUCGAACAAUGAACCAGCUACUUCCAGUUUAUGGUCAGGAUUAUCUUCGACUACGUUCCAGAGAAUUUUGGAUGCAAUAUCGUCUAGAAAAUAUACUUAA